AAACAUACCAUUUCUCAUUGAUUUUAUAGUGGUACGUCGAUGGAGGCCACCGCUAAACCUCCGGCGCCGUCGCUCUCCUUACCAUGGAAGACACGAAUCGCUCUUUCCGUCCUCUCCACCUUCACCGACGCAUCCUGCCGGAAAAACGGUACUGUUAACCGCCGUCUUCUUAACUUAUUCGACUUCCGAAGCCCGCCGACGUCCAAAUCGACCAACGGCAUUAUGUCACACGACGUCGUUGUGGAUAAAACUCGUAACCUUUGGUUCCGAGUAUACGUACCUACACAACACGAUGUUGAAGAUCUCCCGGUGAUCGUGUUCUUUCACGGAGGAGGAUUCGUCUUCCUCUCCCCUGACGUCAUGGCCUAUGACGCCGUGUGCCGCCGGUUCGCGAGAAAAGUGCCGGCUGUUGUUGUUUCUGUUAAUUACCGGCUUGCGCCGGAGCAUCGGUAUCCGUCUCAACAUGAAGAUUGCUUCGAUGUGCUGAAGUUUCUCGAUGAUGAAGAGAAUAGGUCCAAAUCGUUGCCGGAGAAUGCUAAUUUGCGGCGUUGCUUUCUUGUUGGAGAUAGUGCUGGUGGAAACCUAGCUCAUCAUGUUACUCAAAGAGCCUGUGAAUUCCGCUUCCGACGACUCCAGGUAAUCGGAGUGGUGGCAAUUCAACCAUUCUUUGGCGGAGAGGAGCGGAUAGAUUCAGAGACGAGACUAGAUGGAACACCAAUCGUUUCCGUAAAACGAACUGAUUGGAUGUGGAAUGCGUUUUUGCCAAAAGGGGAAGGGUUCAAUCGGGACCAUCCAAUCAUCAAUGUCAGCGGCCCAAAGGCGGUGGACUUAUCGAAAAUAGAUUUUCCAGCGACCAUGGUGGUGAUCGCGGGGUUCGAUGCUCUACACGACUGGCAAAAAAGGUAUUACGAGUGGAUGGAGAAGAGUGGGAAAGAGGUUUACUUGGUGGAGUACCCAAACAUGUGCCAUGCUUUCUACAUCUUUCCGGAAUUGCCAGAAUCAACACAACUUAUUGGGCAGGUGAGAGAGUUCAUUCACAAAGUAUCGAGUAACGUUGGCUCUUUAUUGACGAAUUAGCACAUACUCUCUUAUAAUCGCUCGAACGCAUAUUAUAUAGUUUAGUACAUGGUGUUUUUAACCUAAAGGCAUUUGGCCUAAUCGUAUUAUAACUUUUGGUUGUGUUUGUGCCUCGUAUAAGUAUAUUUGUCGGUGUUUAAGGGAACCGACUUAAAUCUUAGCAAUAAAACCCGAUGGAUUCUUUU